GGCCGUGCUUCCGCCGGCGCCGCGGCUGGGACUCUGCAGAGGGCUGCGGGUGAUGGAGCGGUGGGCGCGCCCGCAGCUCCUGCUGUGGCUGCUGUUGCUAUUACUGCCCCCAGUGCUGGGCCGCCAGAAGGAGUCAGGUUCAAAAUGGAAAGUAUUUAUUGACCAAAUUAACAGGUCUUUGGAGAAUUAUGAACCAUGUUCAAGUCAAAACUGCAGCUGCUACCAUGGUGUCAUAGAAGAGGAUCUAACUCCUUUUCGAGGAGGUAUCUCCAGGAAGACGAUGGCAGAGGUAGUCAAACGGAAACUGGGGACCCACUAUCAGAUUAUUAAGAACAGAUUAUACAGAGAAAAUGACUGCAUGUUCCCCUCGAGGUGUAGUGGUGUUGAACACUUUAUUUUGGAAGUUAUCGGACGCCUCCCUGACAUGGAAAUGGUGAUCAAUGUACGAGAUUAUCCUCAGGUUCCUAAAUGGAUGGAGCCUGCCAUUCCAGUCUUCUCCUUCAGUAAGACAUCAGAGUACCAUGAUAUCAUGUAUCCUGCUUGGACAUUUUGGGAAGGGGGGCCUGCUGUUUGGCCAAUUUAUCCUACAGGUCUUGGACGGUGGGACCUCUUCAGAGAAGAUCUGGUAAGGUCAGCAGCACAGUGGCCAUGGAAGAAGAAAAACUCUACAGCAUAUUUCCGAGGAUCAAGGACAAGUCCAGAACGGGAUCCUCUCAUUCUUCUAUCUCGGAAAAACCCAAAACUUGUUGAUGCAGAAUACACCAAAAACCAAGCCUGGAAAUCUAUGAAAGACACCUUGGGGAAGCCAGCUGCUAAGGAUGUCCAUCUUGUGGAUCACUGCAAAUACAAGUAUCUGUUUAAUUUUCGAGGUGUAGCCGCAAGUUUCCGGUUCAAACACCUCUUCCUGUGUGGUUCCCUUGUUUUCCAUGUUGGUGAUGAGUGGCUUGAAUUCUUCUAUCCACAACUGAAGCCAUGGGUUCACUAUAUCCCAGUCAAAACAGAUCUCUCCAAUGUCCAGGAGCUGUUGCAUUUUGUAAAAGCAAAUGAUGACAUGGCUCAAGAAAUUGCUGAAAGGGGAAGCCAGUUUAUUAUGAACCACUUGCAGAUGGAUGACAUCACCUGUUACUGGGAGAACCUGUUGACUGAAUACUCUAAAUUCCUGUCCUAUAAUGUAACAAGAAGGAAAGGCUAUGAUCAGAUUAUUCCUAAAAUUUUGAAAACUGAACUCUAGUCAUCAUCAUUGGACCACAGUCCUCUCUGGCAGCAGCUCUCAGAUAUCCUGUGGUGAGAAGCUUACCAUGAGCGUGGCACCUCUACCUUGAAUACUGUUAUCAAGCCAAAUACCUGCUUUUCCUUAUCAUGCUGCACCCAGACAACUGAGAAAGAUCAAAAAUGUGUAUAAAUGGACUCGGAGCAGCUCAACGCUUUGGCUGAAUAAGGACCAGAAAUCAUGAGAUUUGGGUGUUGAACCCAAUUCCACCUUUCAUUUUCUUAAGACCAAUCACAGCUUGUGCCUCAGAUCAUCCAUACAUGUAUGUCCAUCACUGUGAAACCAACUAUGUCCGUCAGAGGAUACUUUGUCCCAUUAUUUGGAGCAGAAAACUAAUCAUUUGGAACUAGUAUAACUCAUUUCUGCAGUUCAGUUAUUCUAGGCUAAUCUUGGUCACUGUAUUUUAAUGUAGGAAGCCCUAUGGGGCUAGUGAAAACCACUUGGGGAUCAUUUCCUGAAAGGUCUAAGGAAGCAGUAGUUGUGCCAUGCAAUGAUGUGGCAGUUCUCUUUUGUAAAAGCAUAAGCUUUUUGGUACUCAGGAGGUUUCUAUAAUGCCACAGAGAAAGGGGCCAAUUGCAUGAGUAAUUAUUGCAAUUGGAUUUCAAGUUCCCCUUUUUUGUGCCUUCACACACUACUUCUUUUUAUGGUCUCUAUUUUAAAAAAAGACAAAAACCUCUUAAUAAAUUUAGAAAGUAGUCCUCACUCUUUAAAGGAACUGUGCACAAAACAGCAAAUUUUCCUCACUCCUUACACACCCUUAAUAUUUUUCCUCUUUAAAUUGGCAGCAGUGUCCACAGCUGCAAGGGCAUGCAGGGACCUCAAGGUGUCUUCAUCUACGAAAUGUUAUUGGGGUUUAGAUCAUCCAAGUUGAGCACUUACUCAUGUAGGAAAUAUUUCAGUGCAAAUCCAUGUUGGAGUGCCUCUUUUUCCCUUUUUUCCCUUUUUGAAAAACACAUUUGGAUAGCGGUUUAAUCUCUCAGGAUGCUCUCCCUUUUAUAGUCAAAAGUGAAGAAAAAUUUUUAGAUGAAAACCCAUAGAGUUUGAUGACUCAGAACCAUUCUGUCCCUUUGGCCCAACUUUUCCACAUUAAAUCUGCUCUUUUCCUUUG